AUGACAUACGGAAUAGAAACCAGAGAGGAAACCAACAAAACGAAAAGCGUGUUUCGGGUAGCCGAAAUGAAAACGCCCAGGACUAUAGUGGGAAAAACAAGAGUAGAUCGAAUCAGGAACACUGACAUCAUGGAACAAUGUGGGGUGCAAGACAUCGUAAGAUGGGGAAGAGAAAGAAAAAGAUACUGGUACGCCCACGUGAGAAGAAUGGAAGAGAAUAGACUUCCACGCAUCGUAUUUAAAGGGAAAAGAAAACCACGACGACCACCUAAGAGAUGGAUGAACAGCUGGCAGUCCACCUCCCAGGAAUUGAUAUAG